UCAGGGGUGCGUGCUGGUUGGGGCUGAGGCCAGGCCCACCACCUUCCAGUAUGUGUCCAGGGCCAGGCUCUGCUGGUGGGUGCGCGGGGGGGUGGAGCCGUCCGGCAGCUUCUCGACGGUGUGGUGCGGCUUGAGCAGCCGCUUCAUGGCCAUACCUGCAGGGAUACAGAUAUGUAUUGCAUCACAUUCACCAUGCAUGUGCAUGUGUCCGUUGGUGCUCUCUCUGUCUCGGCUGCCCGCCCAGCUGCUUCAACUCCUGCACCGGGGGCUUGUAGGGAUCGAUGUGGCGGUCUGCCCCCUCUAUGAUCGCCCGCCGGCGGUCGUCAAUCUCGCCUGGCGGGGGAGGCGGUGGUGUGUCUCCUCCCUUGUGCGGCCAUUUCCAGCCUGAGAUGUCGAACUUCAGGGAGAGCUCGGGCUGGAGCUGGCCGGCUUGCUGUAACAGGAUGGAGGUCAGGCAGGACAUAUCAGCACUCCUUCUUACUUGACCGCAGAAUGCUGUUGAAAGACUUCCUUCCCACCUCGAGGCAGCUCCUUUGUGUCGAUGUGCACUCGUACGGCAGUAGAAAACUCCCGACGAAUAUGAAAUGCAGGCGGCGAUCUGAGAGGCACGAUACAUCAAUGCGAAGAUAGGAGAGGAACAUUGCCUGCCCAGUUGCUGACAGCAUCAUACCUGGGUCCGAUGCGUUGCGAACAAGACGGCGUGUGUCUACAUGGCUCCAGGCCACCCGCCCUUUCCUCCCUGAUCCUUGUCGUCCUUGCCCCCCCCUCCCCCCUUGUGGUCGUCGUGUCCCUUGCGGCCCUUCUGAGGACUCGGUUUCUUGCUUCGCUGCUGGUUUCGGUGAGGGCUCUUCGGCAAGGCCGGCGGGGGAGGAGGCUGCAUGUCGGCAGGAGACAGCAACAGCAGCAAGGACAUAUGCACACGUGUUGAUGUUUGCGUGUGUGUGUGUGCGUGUGUGUGGCCAUACCGAGUGGGGGAUCUGGUGCUUGUCCAGUAUUUCGUUGGCGAGGUCCUUUGGGGUCUUCUUGCGGAGAGACAGCCCCCUCUGGUCGGGCGAGAGGCUGCGUUCCCCGCCAAUCCGCUUGACGACCUCGUUGUAGAGCCAGGCGCGUCCCUCAAGUCGGUGUGCCUCCACGAACCUGCCGAGCUGCUCCCUCAGGCGGUCGAGUGCUUGCUGCUCUUCGUCGAUCGUGGCGUUGGCCCAUCUGCCUUGGGGCGGGGACGGGGGGGAAACGAGAUCAGCUGAAGGAAAUGACAAAAAAAGUGUGUGGGUGUCUGUAAGCGUCUUUCUGUGAGUGAAUGUGGACCGGGAGAUGCGAUGGUGAAGCGAGCGAAUCGGGGACGCGCAGUGGCCGUGGUGGUGGUAGUGGUGGUUGGCGCUCCUGUGGUGGAGGGCAGCCCCUGCGCCUGCGUGGCCCCCACGUACGCCUCUACAUGCACAAGCGACAGCAAAAACAGCCAAUGCACCGAAACACAGAGAGAGAGCGAAUGUUUUGUGGGUGACAGACCUGUAGUUUGAGAAGUUGAUGCCCCACCGAGCGCUCCAGCAACCGUGGCGCCAGCCGACACGCCAUCACCAACUCAACUAGUGGUACCUGAAUAUGAUAACAAGAGCAUGCUCAUGUCCCUUUCUCAUACCUCUGCUCACCCGCCGGGAACUGUGCCCCUCCUAUCGAUGCCCCAAGACCUCCAACGGUAGCAGCCCCCAUGCCCAAGGCACCAGUGGACACCGUGGACGUGCCUGCGGAAGGGCUGACGGUGGCGGGCGCCAUGGCUGGGAGGGAUGGGCCGCCCGAGGGAGGCAGGUGCAGACUCGCACCAAACAAUCCUCCACCUAGAUAAGACACGGAACGCACAAAUGUGCACCUGAUUUGUCACGCAUGUGUGUGGUUGGGGGGGUGGGAGGAGCGCCUACCUGUCUGUGUCUCUUGGACCGACGUCAACGAGAUGCCAAUAGCGCCGCCCGAGUCGGACGCUGGAGCUGAAAUGGCCGUUACAGUGCUGCCAGCACACCUGCGCACCAAGAACGAAGAGAAGAAAAGGCACACCCAGAUCCAGCUUAAGGAAAUGACCACACAGCUUGUGAGACAAUGCCCCCUUUGCUGAAUGCCAAACAACAGCAUUGAGACAUUCAGUAAUAGUGGGCUGCGUACCGGAUGGCCGGCCGUCGUCCUCGAAUUGCAACAAAUGUUGCGCCAAAUUCCUCGCCUCGUCGAAACGGCCGCCUUCGGUUUCAGGAAAGUCAGUUCCCUGUCCGAAGAACAUAUACAGAAGAGAUGGUCAGCUGUGGUACAUCGCGCAUUAGUCACUUACCUUCUUAGUGCACUCGUAUGCUUCGGACGUACUGACGUUGUCAGCGAUAUCGAAUGGAAACCUCUGGUACAACAUCAUGUAUCUGAUGGAUGCAAACAAGCAAGACCCAUACAUCGACGAAAAUACAUUUGAUGGAGACACGUCACUGCUUCAACGCUUACGUAUCACCCCAACCGCCCACAUGUCGGAGGCCUUUGAGUAUCUCCCUUGAAGGCACUCAGCGGCCUAUUCACACAUGAACAGCGACCAGAGAGCCAGCAAGCAGGAGGCAAGGUAGGAUUGGGCGUGUCGUAUGCGUGGCCGCUCGUUCACUCACUCACUCGCUUACUCAAUCACUCACUCACCAUAUAGGGUCAUGGAGCACAUCGAUCCUGAGGUCGUAAUCCUGCAGCGCCGACACAGCCUUCUUGACGUAAUCGGUGAAUGUCUCCUGGUCUUGCUGGAGUUGGAAAAAGAGCUCGCCGGAGGCGGGUGCGCGGGCGAUGAGCUCAUCCAUCGCUUGUGCCCGGACAGAAGCCCUUUCGUCAACCACCCUCCCAUCACCAUCAACGGCCUCGGCGAGGUCAAAAUCGCGCAGCCUCGGCCCCUCCUCUUGUCGCACAAAAACAAUGUUGUCCGCUUUGAGAUGAUCUGAAAAGGCACAUAAAGCAAUCAACCCCACUGCGAGAAGGCUGUUGCGCAUCUCCUGGUUCUCCGGUUGACUUAUGUGGUAGAAGCCAACGAUCCCAAAGAACAGCGCAAAGCCGAGCAUCACCGCUUCCCAACCACCGCCACCCAGCCUUGGCAACGCCCCACGGAACGGCGUGCACGCAAGUACGUCGCUGUCCUGGAUGUGCUCGAGAGCGAGGAACAGCCUGUCGAUGAUGACUCUGCAGUGGAAUUCUGGCAGUUGGCCCUCGAAGCUGUCCAGGUAGCUGCUGAGAGUGAUGCCGCUCAGCUUCUCCAGCACGAUGUUGACGUAGUCGGCACCCACAAUGUAUGGGGGGCUGUCGUGCUGGAGAAGCUCGUAGACGGCGCGUGCAGUGGGGCAGCUGAGGGCAACGACGUGAAGCCACACAAUUCCACAACACAUCAUCUGCAAACAUUGCUUACAUUGCUGAUUGUCUCGAUGCUCUGCGCGACCCGCACGUAGAGAGGCAGGGUUUGGGGUACGUGUCGACAACGAAUCGGCACACCUGCAAAACACAGAGGCACAAAACACACAGACACACGCACAGACGCAUAGACAUACACACGUACGCAUCGAUGCCGCAUCCGCAAUUGAUGCGUCACCUGCGGUCGUGAUGAUGUUAAUGUUCAUGCAUAGCUCCACAGAUGCUGAAAAGGGUCGCCAUAUUGUUUAUGGGCUUCUAUCACGGCCAGAACCUUGUUCCGCUCCUCUUCGAUGGUGUAGAUGGCUCCAACCUUGCUAAAGAUUACGGCCAUCCUACGUGCCAUCCUGCGGUCCUUCUUCGACUGAGCCGUCGAGAAAAGAUCCCGGAUGAAAUUGAUGAACAGCAAAUCGAUGGGAGUAGCCAUGCUCGUGUGGAGGGGGGGACGCGCGCGUCUGUCGUGUGUCGCACGGGCCCUCACGUCGCUGGGCGCAGGAGAGGAUUUGGCUAUCCUCUUGACGACGCAGUGCCUCCUCGUCUCCCUGUCGAUGGCCGUCCACAGCUGUGUGCCGUCCCUGAACCAAUCACACAUUCACACACACGGACAGAUUCCCUUCUUACCCACUGACGCCCUACGUACCUCUGGCGCGGCGCCAGAUCCACGUCGAGGAGAAACGCUCGGUGAUGUUCUUCAAGUUCCCCAU